UCCAAGAAGGGAUGUUGUUGGCAGUUAUUGUUGCUUUGCCUUUUUCUUACAGCCUUAAUAUCACUUUAUACUUCAAAUCAAAACCAAACUUCUGUCUAUGGGACUGUAUGGGAAGUUGGAAAAAGAAGUACCAAUCAGAGCUUCAGCUUCUAAGUUUCAUGAAAUAUUUCAUAAGAGACCUCACCAUAUCUCAAAUGUCUCUACUAACAUAAUACACGGCGUCGACCUACACGAGGGCGAAUGGGGCAAAGUUGGCUCCAUCGUCUACUGGAGAUACUUACUUGAUGGAAAGUCUAGAGUGACAAAGGAGAUCGUUGAAGAAGUUGACGAAGAAAACAAUGCGAUAACUUUCAAAGUAAUAGAGGGAUACCUUACAGAACAAUACAAGAAUUUCAGGUUCAAAAUCCAAUGUAUUCCAAAGAAAAAGGGAAGUGUGGUUCAUUGGUGCUUAGAAUAUGAAAAACUACAUGAUAAGAUUCCAGAUUCUACACAUGGUUUAUUAAUGGAACUUUGUGUUAUCGUCUCUAAAGACAUUGAUGCUUACCUUGAGGGAGGUAGUGACAAACCCUAGCUAUGUUGCUUCAAAAGAAUAGUCAUUUACAAGACGUUACAUAUAUAAAUAAAUUGGCUUUUAUACUAUAUGCUGUAAUUUGCCAGUAUAGUUAUCUAUAUAAUAUGUAUGUUUAAAUUUACUAAUAAAGUAUGUGAGUGUGCGAUAUAUAUGUAUGGGAUCUUUGUUUUAUUUGUUAUCAUAUAUAUAUAUAUAUAUAUAUAUAUAUAAAGUGGGAGAAAUAUAUUCUAAAAUGUAUGGAGAGAUCCUAUACUCUUUGGAAUGUGAAAAUAUAUAAUAUAAUUUUAUAUGUAUUAAA